UUGUAAUUUCCGACCUAAUGGUAAAAUUUCUUGAUGCACGUCGUUCAUUGCACCAAAGCUGCGCUCCAUAAUCUUAUUUCGAACACAAUGACUACGCCAAUGCUGCUCGUACACGGUGGAGCUGGUGACAUAAGUGACGCGCGAGUGCCUGGCAAGACAAAAGGUAUGAAACUGGCUUUGAAAGCAGGUUUGCCGCUGCUGAUGCCUUCGCCUGAAUGUGGUGGUAUUGAAGCAGGUUCUGCUCUGGAUGCCGUCGAAGCGGCUGUACGCGCUAUGGAGGAGGAUGAAAACUUCAAUGCGGGUUAUGGAGCAUGCCUGAAUAGUGAUGGCAACGUUGAAGUGGAAGCAAGCAUAAUGGAAGGAUCGCGGUUGCAAGCUGGCUGUGUAACUUUGUUGCACGACAUCAAAUAUCCUAUUUCAGUGGCACGUUGUGUAAUGGAGAGAACAAAUCACACAUUUUUAGGUGGUGAAAGCGCACAGAAAUUUGCUUUAGCAAAUGGAGCUGAGCAAUUGCCAGCGGGAUCAUUAGUAACACAAAGUGCACGUGAUGCAUUAAAGCAAUUUAAGCAACAACAAUCUGAGGGUAAAGAUACCACAUAUGCGCCAACAGAAUUGGAUAAAACAAUUAAAGAGCGACCAGGUGAACCUGGUACCGUUGGUGCUGUGGCUAUAGAUGCAAAAGGCAAUAUAGCAGUGGCCACUUCUACAGGCGGCAUAACUGGCAAAGUGGCAGGGCGUAUUGGUGACACACCAUUGCUUGGUUGUGGCACUUAUGCAGAUAAUAAGUGGGGCGGUGUUUCUACCACUGGUCAUGGCGAGACAAUUAUGCGUUUCAAUUUGGCACAAAAGAUUAUAGCAAACAUUAGAUACUGCAAUAUGUCGGCUCAGGAGGCGACCGAAGUUGCGUGCAAGGAGAUGACUGAACGCUUAGGAGGUACCGGUGGCGCUAUAACUAUUGGACCUACGGGUGAUAUAGGCGUGGCUUGGACUUCAAAGCGCAUGGGUUGGGGUUAUGUGCGUAAUAAUGAAUAUAUUUAUGGUAUUGACCACGGAAAGGUGCUUAAAGAACCAUUUUAAAAUAUGCGUAACAUAUAUUUUUGUGUAUUCAUUCGUUACCUUAAUUCACAAAGGCCCUAACUAAAAUUUAUUUUAUUUUACAGGAGAAGCAAAAAACAUUACAAAAGAAGUAUCCAAAGCAGGUUGGGCUUUUAGAAUAUAUUAGGCUUUUAGUGUGUAAUCUACCGACUUUUGUACAAAGAUGAAUUUUGUAAGAAAAUGAGUUAGGGCCUUUCCAUUAGUGCUGCAAAAACAUCGAUAUUUAAAACUAUAGAUUUUUCGAUGUUUUUGUCAAUAAAAUAUCGAUAGUAUGGAUACUAUCGUGUUUUCUUGGGUAUUAUAACUUCUUGUUUAAACUUGAAAUCCUGAUUAAUUAACAAACAAUUUUUUAACAAAUUACAUUUACUAUUUUCAAAUUAUCCAUUAGUUUAAAAUUUAAUUAGACUUAUAUUUAAGGUCACAUUGAACAUUGCAAGUUAUUAAUUAAUUAAAUUAAAUUAAAUAAAUAUUUGCUCUUUAUGGCAAUAAUCUGGGGUACACUUCAAGUUUGUAGUUUUAAUUUUCCCAAUUAGAGAUCGAAUGGCACUGACAAAAUCAUUUUAAUGAGUAAUAAAUUCCCUAAACACUUAUUGGUACGCUUUUGUGCUAAAAUUCAGCUAAACUGUAAAAGAAUAUAAGUUUAUUACGCUUUGAUUGUUCUAAUGAUGGCAUAUCUUCUAAAAACAUCGAUGGUAAACCAAACAUCGAUGUUUUCAAAAAAAAAAAAUAUUAAAACAUCGAUACUAUCGAUAGUGCUCCAAUGUUUUUGCAGCUCUACUUUCCAUAUUAAGGUAACGAUAUGUAUGUAUAAAAAAAAGACUAUUUAAAUGCAAGAAUGUCCAUUUUUUAGAUUGAGCAUAAAUAUCGUCGUUUAAAGUACGACACCGCGUAUCGUCAUUCUGCAAAACUGUGUGCCA